AGAAGGAUGUUGAAAAUAGAUUGGUUAAUCCAGCGUUUCCAGGCGCUUCUGGCUCCUUCCAACUCCCGCUCAGGAUGCUUCACUCUGCUGCUGGCCAUGAGUUUAUCUUUGCUGAUGUGUCCGGUGUUGAGAACAAUCGGCCUUCAGCUGCACGCAGCGUUGACUGGCAGCUACAUCUCUGGGACUCAUUCUGUGGCAUUCGUCAACUGCCCCAAUGAACAGAUUGCAAGAGAUAUUGCAAGGGCGAUUAUGGACCGGAAGCUGGCUGCUUGUGUGAACAUCCUCCCCAAAACUUCAACCAUGUAUUUUUGGAAAGGGGAGAUUGAAGAAGCUACAGAGAUACUUCUGCUAGUGAAAACAAGGACAUCUAAAAUCAGGGAGUUGUCAGACUAUAUCAGAUCCAUGCAUCCCUUCGAAGCCCCUGAAAUAAUCAGCCUUCUCAUUGACCAAGGAAACCCAGCCUAUCUGAAAUGGAUCGAAGAGAGCGUUCCAUAUGACUAA